AUGUUGCGGCUGGAUCCCACCGUCAUUCGCGUGACCACCUCAGAUGUAAAGCUGUUUGAACAUCAGCAAAAGACUGAGGACCGCAGCAGGCGGGGUACCAUUGGCCGUUUCAACCCGCAACCAUGCAGCAACACAAGUCACCAUUCGCAACAACUCGGCUUCCUGCAACACGAUGCUGCAUCCGCCCGAGAGGUUAUUGAGACGUAUACCGGUUCACCUGUCCUCGACCCUGACAAUGAUGAUAUUGUUGUUAUUGAUGAUGAUGAUGAUGACGACGAAAAGACCAACAGAUCCUCCAGUGGCGAUGGAAGCAGGACACGGGAUGGGCUCUAUAAUGACCUGACACCGAGCCUAUCCACCUCGAGGUUGCCGCUCCCUCUGCCGUUCUCCGCAACAACAAGAGUAACAACAUCAACGAACCAACCUGGAAAUGUCCAUGAUUUGGCUGCCGAGGGACCUGCAUUCAAGCGAACCAAGACGCAAUGCACAUAUGGCGCUGGAGACACUGCCAACACGAACACCCGCUGCCCUAUAUCAAGACAACCACGCAGUGCUUCAGACGCCAAGCAAUCUGUCCGAAGCUCAACACCAAGGACGGCUGCAGGGGGCAUAUACGGCGCCAAGCAGCAGGCCGCCUCUUCCCCCGAAUUUAUUGAAUCCUGCUUCGAGAUCGCCUCGACAUGGUGCGAGAGCAUCAAUUCCUACUGA